AUGAAAUAUUCAUUAACUAAACAAAAACAGGUAACUAAUAAUUAUUUUCAACUACUUGUGCUGACCCUCAACACUGUGUUGUUGGUGUUGUUGUUUGUCAGUCCAUCCCAACAAUACUGUUCAAAGUUUGGCCGACAUCUACUACAACAUCAGUGUGUACUCACACCGGAAGGUACUGAAGGACCGUAUUAUUUGCCCAGAAAUUUGAUCCGUCGGGACAUACGUGAGGACAGACAGGGACUACCGUUUCGUCUGAAGCUAACCAUUACUGAUGUUAAUUCAUGCGAACCGUUGCGCAACGUUUCGGUAGAUAUUUGGCAGUGCGAUGCUAGUGGCAAAUACUCCGGCUAUAUCGGGCACCGGCCUACCAGUGUCCAGCACGCACAGCCUACCGAUAAUACAACAUUUUUAAGGGGUGUCCAAAUUACCGACGAUAAUGGACGGGCAGAGUUUAAUACAAUAUUUCCAGGUUGGUACGGUGGCCGGACAACUCACAUACAUAUACAGACACAUAUGGGCGGCAAAACUGUCUAUACGGGACAGUUAUAUUUUACUGACAAACUGGUCAAUCGUAUAGCACGUAUGCAACCGUAUAAUAUGACAACUGGCCAUCGAAAUACCAAUGAAGGAGAUUAUAUAUUUCGUAGGGACAGCGGUAACGAUACUAUUAUUAAACGUAUAAAAAUGAUUAAACAAACUAAUCGUUUGCUGGCCAGUGGACUGGUAGGCGAAAUGAUUAUCGGUUUGAACCCAAACACAGAAUCUCCAUACGCUUUGUAUGGUAAAGGCAAACGAUAAUUAAGUUAAAUAAUA